AUGGCUGGUUUUGUGACGCCCAACGGGCAUUCUAGACCCAGUACCCCUCCCCUCAGUGGCCUCUCGCUAACUGAGUACACCGCCAACCCGACUCCUCCCUCCGAGAGAAACAUUUCUCGCUCCGAUUGGGAUAUUCCUGAGAAUUUUCUCCUACCUAAUGGCUAUCCAGACUACCUGCGGCUCAUUCUGACCUCUCGAGUCUACGAAGUAAUUACGGAAACGCCUCUCACACAUGCUGUAAACCUAAGCAAUCGUUUAGAAUGCAAAAUAUUUCUGAAGCGGGAGGACCUCCUGCCGGUCUUCAGUUUCAAACUCCGCGGAGCAUACAACAAGAUGGCUCACUUGAGUGAUGAACGUCGAUGGAAAGGAGUUAUUGCCUGCUCGGCUGGGAACCAUGCGCAAGGAGUAGCGUAUUCUGCCAGGAAACUCAAAGUCCCUGCCACCAUUGUCAUGCCGUCAUGUACCCCAGCCAUCAAACACAAGAAUGUGUCUAGACUUGGAGGAAAUGUUGUUCUCCACGGACCUGACUUUGAUGCGGCAAAGGAAGAGGCGCAUAGGUUGGCAAAAGUACAUGGCCUUACGAACAUUCCCCCAUUCGACGAUCCUUAUGUGAUUGCUGGGCAAGGAACCUGCGGCAUGGAGUUACUACGCCAAGCAAAUCUACAUAACCUGGAAGCAGUUUUCUGUUGCAUCGGUGGAGGCGGCUUGAUUGCUGGUAUCGGUGUGUACAUUAAGCGCAUUGCGCCCCACGUCAAAGUCAUUGGCGUCGAAACCUGUGACGCAAAUGCCAUGACACAAUCUUUGGAGAGUGGCCGCCGGAUUACGCUCAAGGAGGUUGGUCUAUUUGCUGAUGGUGCAGCCGUCAAAAUUGUGGGAGAGGAAACAUUUCGACUAGCUCGAGAAGUAGUAGACGAAGUCAUUUUAGUCACUACCGACGAGACCUGCGCGGCAAUCAAAGAUAUUUUUGAAGACACCCGCUCCGUCGUGGAACCAGCUGGAGCGCUUGCUGUGGCUGGCCUCAAGAAAUAUGUUGCCAAGUAUCCAUCAUCUAAUCCUAAUCGCGAGCUUAUUGCCGUCGCCUCCGGCGCGAAUAUGAACUUCGAUAGGCUACGGUUUGUAGCAGAACGAGCAGCGUUGGGUGAGAAGAAGGAGGCACUGCUCAGCGUCACCAUACCAGAGAGACCCGGCGCGUUCGCAAGAUUAGUUGAAGUUCUUAUGCCGCAUGACAUUACGGAGUUCAGCUAUCGAUAUGCGGCACCAGACUCUGCCGAUGUCUUCAUGGGUAUAUCACUAUCUGCAUCUACUGGUGUCGUCGAUCUCGCAGUCUUAAAAACAGAGAUUGAAAAAGCAGGGAUGACCGUGUCUGACAUGAGUGACGACGAGCUUGCAAAAACACACAUCAGGUACUUGGUUGGCGGUCGAAGUGAUAUUGCCAAUGAACGGAUCUUUAUGUUCGAGUUUCCAGAACGUCCGAGAGCUCUAGCCAGAUUUCUGACCACAAUUCGACCCCAUCAGACCAUCACGCUCUUUCACUAUAGAAACUAUGGUGGGGACGUUGCUAACAUCCUUGCCGCGAUCCAAUGUCCACCGACGGAGAAAGAAGAAGUAGAGGCAUUUCUUCAGGACCUUGGUUAUCCGUUUAAGGAGUGCACUGAAUCACCAGUAUAUAAAAAGUUUUUACGAAAUCGGUAG